AUGGAGAUCUCUGGUGAUGAAAUUGCAGAUGUGGUAUUGAGACGGUUUGAUGCUUGGGAAUCGAAGAGGAAACCGCUCAAAAGAACAAAUGGAGUUAGGGAAUGGGUGCCAUUGAGUGGCAUCGUGGCCCAGAGGCAGGGCAGCAAGAGCCUUACAUGUUUAGCAAUAGCCACAGGCAUGAAAUGUCUCCCUCAGAAGAGCAUCACUCGAGCAAACGGUGUGGUAUUGCAUGACUGGCACGCUGAAAUUCUUGCAAUUCGUUCUUUCAAUCGUUUUCUUCUCGAAGAAUGCCAUGCCCUUGCUGUUUCGCAAAAGAAGUCUUCUGAGUAUAUUCGCUUUCGGGAUGGUUCUGAGAGGACCGAGUCUCACUUCCAGCCAUUCGCGCUGCGUGAUGGCAUAAAUAUUCACAUGUACUGCUCAGAAGCCCCGUGCGGAGACGCAAGUAUGGAGCUUACUAUGGCUUCGCAAGAAGACUCUACCCCUUGGGCCAUGCCUACCGCAACCACGCCAUCCUCACCACCUAAUCAAUCCCAAACACCAUCACCAACCACAGAGCCAACAAGUCUCCACGGCCGAGGAUAUUUCUCCCAGCUUGGCGUCGUUCGUCGGAAGCCCUCCCGCCCCGAUGCACCCCCCACGCUUUCGAAAUCCUGCACUGAUAAAAUAGCCCUCAAACAGAGCACCUCCGUCCUCUCAUCACUCACCUCCCUACUAAUAUCCCCACAUAAUAUCUACCUUCACUCACUAGUCCUUCCCUCUUCUCAGCUAUCGCCAGUGGCGGCAAAUCGAGCGUUCUCCCCUUCCGGUCGACUUAAACCCCUCAGCGGUAGAAAAUGGGAAGGUGGGUAUGCGUUUAAGCCAUUCCGAGUUAUCAGCACAGAAAAGGAAUUCGAGUAUUCUCGCAGGCAAACGGGGGUUAAAGAGCUGGUCUCGAGCAACAUCUCUUCAUCUUGGACGCAUCAUGGUAGUGAAACUAUUAUCGGAGGCACAUUGCAGGGACGGAAACAGUUUGAUAUCAAAGGAGCUAGUCGAGUUUGUAAGAGGCGUAUGUGGAAACUUGCUCUGGAUGUUUCUGUGCUGGCGAGUGUGCCUGCUCUGGAAAGGCUGUUGAGGGUGGAGAGGUAUGCGGAUGUUAAAGGGGGUGGGUUGUUGGAAGGGCGGAGGCGGGUUAAAGAGGAUGUGAGAGGUGUGUUGACAGGCUGGAUGAGAAAUGAGGGAGGCGAGGGGUUCGGAAUUGAGGGCGUGGAGAGGUAG